ACUUGAAAGCACACAACAACAACAGUCCUAUCUCAUCAGCCAAAAGCAGGCCCACACUUCCCAUUGAGAUACUAAUAAGUUUAUUAUAUUUGUUAAAAUUGUUCCCUUCGAAGACCCUGCCUGAAUUUAGCCCAAUCGGAUUGGCUCUUCUCCGGUCACGUGCACCACCAGUUCUCCUCUGCCUGGUUGGGUCAUUAUACACCCGGAAAUCUUCGCGGGGCCGAGUGGGCGGGGCUACGGUGACGAAAGACGACUCCCGCCUGGAGUGAACCCGGAAGUGGGACAGACUCCGCCGGCAGGUAUUGAAUGGGGCCUGUUCUUCAUACUGAAUGGCUGUCACGUAGAUGGAUUGCUUAUCUAAUAUGGCCAGUAGAAGGAGAGGAAAUCACAGACAAUUUCUCUCCUCCACAUCCUCUCCCACUGUGAACUCUCAUAAGCCUUCAACACACCCGUGUCAAAGCCAUAGUAUAUGCAUGGUGUCUGACUUUUUUUAUCCGAAUAUGGGAGGAGUAGAAAGCCACAUCUACCAACUGUCACAGUGCCUGAUUGAAAGAGGACACAAAGUGAUCAUAGUCACCCAUUCUUACGAAGACCGGAAAGGCAUUCGAUACCUCACAAAUGGAUUGAAAGUCUACUAUUUGCCAUUAAGAGUUAUGUACAACCAGUCUACAGCAACAACUCUGUUCCACAGCUUGCCUUUGCUCAGGUAUAUAUUUGUCCGGGAAAAAGUCACCAUCAUCCAUGCCCAUAGUUCCUUUUCCGCUAUGGCUCACGAUGCACUCUUCCAUGCCAAGACAAUGCAGCUAAGGACGGUUUUUACAGACCAUUCCCUGUUUGGAUUUGCUGAUGUCAGUUCAGUGCUCACAAAUAAACUCUUGACUGUAUCGCUGUGUGAUACAAAUCACAUAAUAUGUGUUUCGUACACUAGCAAGGAGAACACUGUGUUGAGAGCGGCACUGAAUCCUGAGAUAGUCUCCGUUAUCCCUAAUGCUGUUGAUCCUACUGACUUCACUCCAGAUGCAUCAAGAUGGGAUAAUAAAACAAUAACUAUUGUUGUUGUCAGCAGGCUUGUGUAUAGAAAAGGUAUAGAUUUACUUAGUGGCAUAAUUCCUGAGCUUUGUCAGAAGUAUCCAGAUCUACACUUUCUAAUUGGAGGAGAAGGGCCAAAGCGAAUUGUAUUAGAAGAGGUACGGGAAAGGUACCAGCUCCAUGACAGAGUUCGUCUUCUGGGUGCUUUGGAACAUCAGGAUGUUCGAAAUGUCUUGGUCCAGGGACAUAUUUUUCUAAACACUUCUCUCACUGAAGCGUUUUGCAUGGCAAUUGUGGAAGCUGCCAGUUGUGGGUUACAGGUGGUAAGCACAAAAGUUGGUGGGAUUCCUGAAGUGUUGCCUGAUGACUUUAUAAUCUUAUGUGAACCUUCUGUGAAUUCUCUGUGUAAUGGAUUGGAAAAAGCUAUUAGCCAGCUGAAGUCAGGAUCACUUCCGUUGCCUGAAGUCAUACAUAACAAAGUUAAAACUUUCUAUACUUGGAGAAACGUUGCAAAGAGAACUGAAAAAGUGUAUGACAGAGUGGGAAGUGAAACUGUCUUGCCAAUGUCGAAACGGCUUGACAGGCUUAUCUCUCACUGUGGCCCUGUGACAGGCUGUAUUUUUGCUGUUUUGGCUGUGCUUAGCUUUCUUUUCCUUGUAUUCUUGAGAUGGAUGAUACCGGAUGACCAUAUUGAUCCUGCAGUAGAUGCCACAGGCCCGAAUGGAGCGUGGACACAACAACUUUUUCCCAAUGCUAAAAAAAAGGAAAGACUUCACAUUCCUAGAGAUGCUACAAUAUGAGAGAGGACGUGGUUCUCCUACAGUUUUCGCACUGAGUGUUGGAUUGAUGUUUACCAAAUGAAAAUGUUUCAGAAUUAUUGGACAGCUUUUCUAACUAAUUGGGAGAAAAAAUGGUCACCUUGGAUCCCACUCUGUCCACAAGGUGGUAUGUAAAUUAAAUAAAUAAAAUAAAAAUAAAAUGUUCUACCUCAAA